UAAAUCCAGGAUAGCCACACCCUCAAUUUGGAAAGCACAGAAAAGUAGCAGUUGAGUUGUAAGCCACCAAAAACACCCAUUUUUAAGCUAGGUUGAUGGAAUUGGGCAAGUAUAGUGUCGGGUGGGAUGGACUGGUAGCGUUGGCCGAACAAGGUCAUGUAGAGCACAUCCUACGAAUCUUGGAAAAAGAUCUAAACCUCAUGUACACCACUAACAUGGUAAGAGAAACUGUUGUUCAUGUGGUGGUAAGAGCUGGAAAUGCAUUCACUGUAACUAAGUUGUUAAAGUUCAAGGGAAGUGAUCAGCUUAAGGAGAAGGUGUUGCUUAAACAAAAUGUAGAUGGCGACACGGCCUUGCACCUUGCCAUUAAGCUCAAGCAUAUGGAGGUAGCUUACCAGUUGGUGGAUUGGAAUAUCACCUGGAUGCAGAAAUGGAUGUAUAAUUUAUUGAACAAUGAUGGACUUUCCCCAGUGGACCUCGCUAAGGAGGCUGUGUGGUUUCUGCCGAGACAGGAAGUACUAUCCGCAGUAGCGUAUGCUGAUAUGAGAGUAUCAAGGAUGGACAUUGAAUUAGAGGAGUUGUAUAAGGUGAAAUGGAUUGAGGGUACCCCUAGGGGUAUAAGGGGUGCUUUUUCAAAGGCCUCUGCAAAUGGAAUCAUCAAAACAAUGCAUAUAGAGUUGGAACUUGAUAGAAAAGGAGGGAAUUUACUCCAUAUUGCAGCAAGAUUAGGUAAACUUGAUGUACUAAAGUUGCUGAUCAAGUUUAUGAGUAACUCUGAGUUAGCUACUUUGCCUAUUGAAAGGAACAAAAAUGGUUAUACUGCCUUGCACCUUGCCCUUAUCGGAAAGCAUGAGGCCAUUGCACUCUGCUUGAUAAAGGCGGCACCCAAGGCCACCGCUUACUUGCUGAACCAAGAUGGACAGUCGCCACUAUUUUGGGCAAUUGAAAGAAGGUACAAAGCGCAUUUUCCAGCUAAUGCCAGGAACUGCCAUUGACUCGUCCAUAAGACAACGUCUGCUUAUGGCUAAAGAGGCGUCAGUCAUACACGCUGCUGUAAGAUCUAAGAAUCUAGGUAUGAAUGACUUCUUUUCAUUUACUCUGAUCUGCCUCUAACAAAUGAUGGAUGCCUUGUUAUUUGAUUAUGAUUACUAUUCUUUUCUUUUGUUGAGUAAUCAGGCAUAUUGGAAAGA